AUGGAUUAUCAACGACAACUAUUAGAGGAGUUAAUGGCACCUUACGAAUCGUCAGCAAAACAUAACUUUUGGGAUGACAGCGUAUGCAAACAUUUCCUGGUCAAAUUUUGCCCUAAUUCUCUCUUCACCAACACAAAAUCCGAUCUUGGCCCCUGUACUAAAAUACACGAUGAAAAGCUACGUCAACAGUAUCAAGAGACACCAGAGCGUGGAAAGUAUGGAUAUGAAAUCAAAUUCUAUGACUAUUUACAAUCGCUGUGUAAUGACUUGGACAAAAAAAUUCGAAAGGGGAACGAUAGAUUAAACGUCCGUCCGGAUGAUACGCUUUUAAAUCCUAAUAAAGAUGAAAAGGAAGAAAGGAUGAUUAUAUUAGAUAUAAAAAUCAAGGAACUAUUAACAAAGAUUGAGGAAGCAGGUGAAGAAGGACGCGUUCAAGAAGCACAAACCUUGACUAAAGAAGUAGAAACGUUUCAAAAAGAUUUGGAUUUCUUGAAAAACAGUGACGAUUCAAAUCCAUUAUUUAAACAAGAAAGAAGAAUGUUAGUUUGUGAAGUAUGUGGAGCUUUUCUAGUGACAAAUGAUACGUCCAAUCGUAUGGACGCUCAUCUGCAAGGAAAGCAACAUACAGGAUACAAGCAGAUUCGUGAAACUCUUCAUGAAUGGAAGCAAUCACGAGUAUAUUCAUCUCGUGAUUCAAGCCAACGUGACCACCGUCGAGAAUCAUAUGUUCGGCCCGAGCCUUACCCUCGUGGUCGCAGAGAAAAGCACAGAGAAUAUCGACGUGACGAAAGAGAUUAUCCAGAAAGAGAUUAUGAUGAUUAUAGUCGUAAGAGAAACGGUAAAGAUUAUCGACGUGAUCGAGGUCGUCGGUAUUACGAUGAUUGA